UCAUUCAGCACGGCGGCUAUGUGUAUAGCGUUCAGUUUCUAAUCGGUGUUGCGGGUUGGCGUACCUGUUUCGUGGAACCUGAAGCCAUCAGAGUGGUUAACUUCUUUCUGCUAAUUUGUUUUACCUUUCCGCCCAGCAAGAUCACUCUGUGUUUGGUUUUAAGUUGAGUGAACCGAUACAGUGCCUUUUGUUUUCGUACUGAAAUCGAAAAGUUUCGCAAGAAAGCUACGUGGAAAGCUGAUUCGCGAUAUAAUAGUUACAAUUCGCAUAUCUUUUCAUGGGAAUUAAUUGGUGACCUACAGGUAGAGUUGAAUUGAAAUCAACUAAUUUGGUUGACUUUGGCAUAACUCUUUUCGGUCCGUUUAACGCGACCCAUGCAAUCGGUAUUUGUGCGUAAGAGCAAUUUCGUAAUUGUGGGAUUUAUGUGCUUGUGGCUUAGAUUACAUGCUAUAGCGUGAAUAUCCAAAAUAUGGAAUACGAAAUUUAUAGAGGUCCGUGUUCCUUUGUAGACUAGAAAGUGCACUAAACGUUCUGAUAACAAAAGUGGAUUUUGAGUAUAACAUCACUCGAGGAGUAAUUAUUAUUUUCAGGCAAUUCUAUUUAAUUAAGGAAUGUCGUCCGAUAGGUUUCAUAAGGCUGCAAAAGACGGACUUCUUGACAUUCUCAAAGAAGCGACCCGUCGAGAUGCCAACAAUAAAGAUUUAGAUGGUAUGACGCCGGUAUUAUGGGCUGCUUUCGAGGGCCGAUUAGACGCUUUGCGAUUACUUGUUGGUCGAGGGGGUGAUCCAGAUAAAUCCGAUCAAUAUGGUAAUACCGCCUUGCACCUUGCCGCUGCGAAAGGGCAUUUACAAUGUGUAGAUUUUUUGGUUAAAUUUGGGGUGAACUUGUACUCUUUGGACAUUGACAAACACAGUGCGAAGGACUUAGCUGCAAUUAAUAACCGAGAUGAUAUCCUGAGAUAUUUGGAUGGAGCCUCAGCUAAUUUGGAAGUAACGGACAGGAAAAAAGCGAAAGCCAUGAGAGAAUUAGCUGAAAAGAAUUGUGAGAAAAGAAUCAAGGAAUAUACGAAGCGACAGCAGAAACUCGAACAAGAGAUGAACUCUAAACCGAAUCAAAAUGGGUCUUCAGUACUAUCAGCGUUAAAACACAAAAUAUGGGCCACAAGUCAGGGAAAUUUAAAACAAGCAUACAAGGACCACACAAAUACAAAUACCACAAAGUUUAGUGCCUUGGUAGGAGGAACAGUGGCUAGUCGUGCGGGUGCUGUUCAAAAGAAAGCUAAUGCGCUUAAGUUUAAACAACAACAUUGCAUGACAUCUCAGCCAAGGCCAGAGGAUAGUGGUUUUAAAAUCGGUGAAAUGGAAUCAAACGGAAAACGGAGUAUAAGAUCACUACAAGGAGUCCAGCGAGACUCUGAGGUUCUCUACGUAGGCAGCUUUAGUUCCAACGGUGAUGUAUCAAGGCGCGGGAAGAUAGCGGAUGUAUUUGAUGUUGACGCCAACAGUGACACAGAAAGGGAAUAUCCUCGUGAACAUCAGUUCCUUUCCAGAUCCAUGUCACAACCCGACUUUUUUGCUUCUUCAGCUGAUGAUGAAGUUAGCGCGGAAGUGAAGUUGCAAAGACCCUAUGGUCUAUUUGAUAGGCCUAUGUUAGGAAGUCUAGCAUUUGGACGAUCAGUAACAUCUGCAUUAAGUCAAUUGCACCCAGAAGGUUCAUCGAUAGGUUCUUCAAACUCUACAAUGAAUUCUAGGAAGAAUGGGCCUUUAGCAAAAUCAAGAGCAGGAAAGGCGAGGUCAUUCUUAAAUAUAUCAGACAGCGACUCGGAUGGAGGUACGGACAGCGACGAGAACCAACACGAGAGCCGAACUGCAAUCCAAAGGUUUCUGUCAGCAUGGGGACUGGAGGAGCACUUGCAUAUCUUCCAAAAGCAGCAGAUUGAUCUGGACACAUUGAUGCUCCUCACAGAAAGUGAUCUUAAAUCUUUGGGGUUGCCGUUAGGACCGUUUCGGAAGUUAGCUAUCGCAAUCCAGGAGAGAAAGAGUGCAUUGGCCAAUCCUGGCGUUAUAACAGACAGUCGGUUUUGAAGAAACGAACUUCGCUUUAAAAAUUGUACAUUUUCAUUACGCUUAGAUUCUAUUAUUUUUUUGUUACUUUUCAAAUUUUCCCAUAAAUCCUUCUGCAUUUGUAAAAGUACAUUUGGAUACUUUUUUCAAAACAUAAAUAAAUGCAU